AUGAGCCCCACCACCGCCGACGCCACCACCAACUCGACUGCCGUCGAAGCGAGCACUUCCUCCGCUACUACAGCCACCGCCGACCCCAACACAAUCAACUACGGGGGGAUUGUAAGCGACCCCGACUUCUUCCCCUUGGUCGCGUGCCACUUUAACAACAAGGACACGCACACGCUUCGCCUCGUGUCCAAGUCGUUCCUCGACGCAGUGGACAAAUUUGUGCCAGAUGCCGGCGACAAAUGCUGGUUCAAGGUCAUGAGGCCCUUCAAUUCCAACUACCCCGCCAGCUUCCCUGCCAUCGUCCCGGACGACGGGGGACGUGUGCAGUUUCUCCCGCGCGACAAGAACAAUGAUGAGUGGAAUCAACGGUAUCUGGCCCGGACCGCCCGGGCGCUCCGCAACGUCCGCGAACUCAAGUUUGAGGGCUCGGCCGUUAUCCCCAUCCCCAUGAUUGCGGCGAUGUUCAUGGCUGCUAAGAUCUUUCCUCACCUCGACCACGUGGUGCUCUACCCCCUCAUCACGGACAGGCGCCCCGAGGUCUACCAGACCCUCCUGGACGUCCUCUUCCGCGACCUGCCCACGCGCCCCGCCCCCAGCCUUGCCAUUGUCGGUGGUAUCGGGGCUCUCAACAACCCGACGGGCCCGUUCGUGCCCAACCGCCACUCGCACAGCCCCAUCGUAGUCCCGGCCUCGGUUCAGCGCCUCGACAUCAUCAUUAUGGGCUUCUGGGCGGACCUGUUCGACGACAGGGUGUAUCCCCAGAUCCUGUUCGCCGAGGGACAGAGGCCCAAGGAAGUCAACAUUGACUUCCUCGGCCCCAAGUGUGGCGUCGGGCGACAGGAGCGUGUCGAAAGUGUGGCGGCCAUGAAGCGCUUCCUCGGAGUGACGGGCCGGUAUGUCAACCACGACACCCGCCGCCGCGAGUGGCUCAUCGAGCUGCUGGGUACCCUCGUUACAUCCCAGCACCAGCACCACCCGAAGCGAGUCAAGAUCAUAGGCAUCCAAGACCUCCGCUUUCCUCGCCCUGAAUACCAGGUCAAUCUUGACAACGAGGUCAGGUACAUCAUCCACGAAGUGGCUAUCCGCUCCGCCACCGACGAUGUCACCUUCGGCGAGAUCAAUGAACUCCUGCGCGGCUGGUGUUGGUAUGAGUAG